GUGAAGAGAUCAUUUUCACCGAUCCAUUGCUUUUGCAAAAAGACACUACCCAUCUUGGCUUGUAACACUUGUGGACGUUCGUGGAAAAUUCCGCUUCGAACAGCCUCGAACAACGGGUGCAAGUGUUUCAGUGCAGUGCAGUGCUUUUUCACUCGAUUGAAGCAUCAGCCCGGAGAAAAGCGUAGGAGCGCAUCAGCAGCAGCCGUUUGUGGUGCAGCACACACAUUUCGCUGGCGUUUUGGCGGUGCAGCGGAAAGCUCUCGUUACCGUCUCGUUUUGCACACACAGGUACCGUUCGUUCGAUCGUGCUUGGCCAAUUAGGCGUUGGGUGUUCGCGAGUGGAGUGGAGUGAAAACGGAAGAAAUACAAGUGCUUAAGCAGAGUGCAGUCGGAAACCAUCCACCAUCGCUGUUCGCGUCGGCCGUGCGGCUUGUUGCGGGGUUAUUCUUGGACGCAUCUCGACGUUUGUUUCCGUUCUUUCUUUAUUUUUUCGAUUUCGUAUCAUCCGACUCCGCAUCGAGUCACCCGUUUUCGGUUCGUCCGUGUGCUGACGACGAGUGCGCGUGUGUUCCGUGACCGGAAAAAAGUGUAUCCCAUCUGUCCCCGCCCGCAUAACCAAGCGAAAAGCGAAUAGGUGUACAUUCAACUCAAAGUGAGCCACCGCCAGGGGGAGGAAGACAAAAACUCUACCCACGGAAAACUCCUGCUCUUCUGCUAGAAAAAAGAGGAAUUCCAGCGAAUUUGCGAUAGCCUCUUUGGUCGUGUUUCUGAUAGCUUUACUUCCCAGUAACACUAAACGCCACUAGGGGUUUCCCCCCUCGUACGACGCCUUGCACCCCUUUUAGUUGGGAGUUUUCCCUCCAGCAGCAGUCUGAACAUACCGGUCGUAGCAAGCGGCAGGGUGUGAAGUGCGCGUGUGUGUGUGCUAGAGUACGAACCACGAACAAUAAGUGCGGAGUUGCAUACGUGCAAAACUGCUGCUUUUCGUAGGUUACAACUUGUUAGAACUUUCAGCAUCAGCAGCAGCCGCAAAAACAACCACCAAUGUCAACCGUGUCAGAUCAGCGGAUGAAAGGACAAGGAAAUCAUGGAAAUGGCGAUUACAAUUCUUGGAGUGCGCAAGUGAAUCACGGUCCAGGUGGGGUCGGACAUCAUAAGAAAUCGAACGAUGACUACUACCGAAAUCAUGGGGCUUACCAGGGUCAUGAUAGUGUCAAGAAUGUUGAACAGGGUAUGCAAGGUCUCGGAUUCGGUUCCUCCGGUUCCAUGCACAGCAACAACCAUUCAUCAGGCGGCGGCGGUGGUGGCAACGCCAGCGUAUCGAAAUACUAUCAUCAACAGCAGCAGCAAAAGGAAGCUCCCAAAAAGAUGACCUGGGCCACGAUCGCUUCGCAGCCGGCAAAACCGCAAGUGAACACUACCAGCACAACGGUGAAGAAGAAGGGACCGGGCAUGCCCCCGCCACCGAUGAUUCCCGGUAAGCACAACAUGGACAUUGGCACCUGGGAUUCGCCGUCGAAGAACGGACCGAGCGCGGUCGUGCCGACGCCACCGCCAAUCGUACCCCCACCGGUCCUCGAUGGGCCGUCGCCUCUGGCCGAUCCGGGCCCAGCGCCGUCCUCCAAGACGAGCGGUGGCCACCGUGACUCCGCCGGUGGUCCGCACUGUGAACGACCGUCCGACCGACAGUCGUCACACCAGUCGUCAUCGCAUCAUCAUAACCAUCAUCAUCAACAGCAGCAACAACAACACCACCAUCAGCAGCAAAACAUGGGACCAGCGGGCAUGCAGAGCUCGCGAUGGCCCACACCGGGUCAAGCUCAGAUUCAGCAGCAGCAACCGGUACAGCAACCGAAUAACGAGAGAAAUAAUGGUGGUGCCACCUCCUCUGGAAAUGGUGGGGGUUCAUCCGGACCGCAUCAUAACCAUAACCAAACGCAUCCGCGAAACCACUCAUCGCAGUAUCAGGCGCCGCAGAGAGAACACCACCAAGGAUCUGGCGGCGGAAACUAUGGAAAUGCGCAUCACCAGAACCACCAUCAGGGGGCUCCGCAUCACACGAACAACUACGGCCACUCUCGAAGCCACAGCAACGCCGCCCCGUACUCCUCUUCAGGCCGCUCCGAUGGACCGGCCGUUUCAGGUUCUUCUGAGCGUCCGCCCAUGAAUAUGAAUGAUCGUGGUUCUGGUGGGGCGUCGGGCUAUCAGCAGCCGCCGCAUCAUCAGUACGAAAGAGCGCCAUUCCAUCAUCAACGCCCGAGUGGUGGGCCACCAUCAAACGCGCAUGGCGAUCGUGGCGGUGAUCGUGAACGGGAUCGCGGUGCCUAUCAGUCUGGCGGUGAACGUGGAGGCUAUAGCUCCGAUGUACCAUCGACGGCGGCCGUUGGUGGCAACAAUGUGACCACCGCUGCCGUACCACCAGUAAAGGCCCGUUCUCCAUCACCGUCACCGUCUGAUAGCGAAAUGGCCGCCAAGCUGGCCGAAUCGCAGAUCAUACUCGACCAGUUGAAGACCAAAAACAACUACAAUCCGGCCUCAUUGGAUCUGCUCAAGACGGCCGAGCUAGCCAGAUUCUUUGUCAUCAAGUCGUACUCGGAAGACGAUAUUCAUCGCAGUAUUAAGUACGAAAUCUGGUGCUCGACGGAGCACGGCAACCAGCGCCUGGAUCAGGCGUUUCGCGAGCGCGAAGAAAAGGGUGGCAUGGUGUAUCUGUUUUUCUCCGUCAACGGGUCGGGCCACUUCUGUGGCGUCGCGCAAAUGAUGACCGCCGUCGACUACAACUCCAACUCGAGCGUCUGGUCGCAGGACAAGUGGAAGGGCACGUUCAAGGUGCGCUGGAUCUACGUGAAGGAUGUCCCGAACUCGCACCUGCGCCACAUCCGCCUAGAGAACAACGAGAACAAAUCGAUGACAAACUCGCGCGACACGCAGGAAGUUCCCAACGCCAAGGGCAUCCAGGUGCUGCAGAUCAUCCACAGCUUCGAGCACCAGUCGUCGAUAUUCGACGAUUUUCAGCACUACGAGAAGCGUCAGAUGGAGGAGGACACUCGGAAGCACGAGGCCCCUCCGCCAUCGAACCACUCGUACCAUAAUCAGCGGGAGCGCCGGGAGCAUCAGGGCGGCGGCGGUGGCCAGUAUUACGAUGGCCCAGGAAAGUAUCAUGGUGGAGGUGGUGGGUACGGCGGCAGCAAGUACAACGAUCGGGGUGGCGACGAUGGCUACGAUGGAUAUGGCAGCCGUGGUGGCUAUGGUGGUGGUGGUGGCUACAAUAAGGGCGGCGGCGGAAGCAGCUAUGGCGGCUACAAUAACCGUAAUAACUACAACCACCACGACGGUGGACGCGGCUAUCAGAGCUUUGAUCGUCGCAACAACAAUAGCAACAAUGGUAGCAACAACGGUGACGAUCACCAUGAUGGUGGCGCUCCAGGGUCCGGAGGAGCCAGUGGCGGCGGCGGCGGCGGUGGAUAUCAACCGCGUGGCGGUUAUAAUAACAGCCGCUCCCGGGACUACUAUCGCGAAGAUCGACGAGGACCGAACGAUUACGGACGUGCACGGGGCAGCGAUUAUGACAACGGGCGCGACAGCGACGGUGGCAUGUACCGGGGUGACCGCGAACGUGGCACUUCGCGGGACCACUACAGGGAACGCAACGAUCGCACGAUGGGCCCGACAAACCAUCAUCGGGGCAGCGCCGGCGGUAACAACGGUGGUGGCUCCAACAUCUACCGCAAUCCCAACUAAACCAUAACUCCACCACCAGAGUCCGAUCUGCCUCCAGCAUGCAUGAAGCGUGACAAAAACCUGAUCGAGGAUCAUGCGAAAUGAGUACUUGGCUACCUUUAUUACACUUUGACACAAUUGGCCACACAAAUAUGAUCGAAAACAAACCAUGGAUUGUUGUGGCUAAGUGUUAACCUCUCCCCUCCCCUCCCCCAACUGGGAAGACAAUUUUCUAAAGAAUGUUAUUUUUUAUCCCAUGAUUUGCGAAUCGAGUUUGCACCGUACAUUCAUCGUCGCUUACAUUUACGUCCGUAAAAUUAUUCCAAACCAUCCAAUCCAACUGCGCACAGAGAUGCAUUACGGCAGACGUGUGUAUAGAUGAAGACAAGUGUUUGGAUGAUGCUUUAGGGUCGAUUUACUUUUGAAAUACCCUUUCUCUCCUGCUCUUUAGUGCAUAGCUCAUUCAAAUGGAAAUAUCUCUAGACAUUGCUUUUUUUUUUUAACUAGGCAGCAACUGCCAACGUUUUGAUGAUGGUGGGAAGAGAAGAUAAUUACACAACACAAAAAAUAAAAGUAAUAAAAAUACCGAACUGUGGAAAAUGUACGGCAUCUCGCUAAGCAUCUACUACGAGAAAAAUGUAAUGAAUGUAUUUCAAAUAGUAAAAAUGUAGGUAAUAGUUGUUGAUCAAUCGUGUUGAUUGAAAAAAGCGCAUCCCACUAAAUACAAAGUCCUAAAUGAAAAAAAAAAAAACAAAAAAAACAACACAAACAGGACAGGAAAUUAUGUGUACAGAGAGAAGAA